CUGGUACUUCUGGACAGGUAAGAGUCAGUGAUAGAUCAGAUCUCAUAAAGUUACACUGCACCUGGAUUCUUGUACCUGGGCUUUUAUCUUCCACUCCUUCAGAGAAUUUGUUUUUUUAUAUUGUGAACCAGAUAAGGAAGAGGACAAGUGAUGUCCAGCAGUGGUCUUACUAUAAGUGCCCCAAAUUCAGAAGAACGCACUGUUUUUACCCAGCUGAAGCCUGUUGCAAUGUCUGCGCCGGCAGAAGCUGUUGAAGAUGGUUCAGUGUUUGAAGAUAUCAAGCCUUGCGUGAGGGUUUUGGGAAACCAACAUGAACUGACACAGGCAAGAUCAGAAAUGGACAAAUAUUUCCCUCCGCAACCUCCUCCCAUUCAUGCUAUCGCUGAUAAAAAGUACAGGCGGGAGAGUGCUUCAGUAGUCGAUGAGUUCUUUGCCACGGAAAAGCCUCCGACUGCACCCUACAGUGUCAAUAUCAAUGUCAUCCUUCCAGACACUACACAUCUGCGGACAGGUCUUUACAGGCCAAGUAGGCAAACAAGCUUCCCACACAUAAAGCAUGAGCCAGGAACAACCAUUGCACAACCCAGCACAUCUUCCGGAACUCAGGUGCUUCCAGAUUUUACCAGUGUUUUCAGCAUGCCUCAGUCUGUGGCUGUCAACAACAUUUUUAUUAAACAAGAAAUACCAAGCUCAGAAAUAGCAGUAACUAACAGGAGCCCACAGCCACAACCACAACUCUACCAAAUUCCAAUGAGUAAUGACAUGGUUAGCAUGGCGCUUUCAGCUGCGCAAUCAGCAGUGAACAGUUCGCCCAUUGAUAGCAUCAGUGGCAUUUCUAUGGUAACAGAUGGUACCGCUCAUAAUGUCCUCCAUGGUCCCAGUCCAGUGAAGCAGUUUCAGACCAUCUCUCAAGGGCAGGGAAGUUUCACCAUUUCAGGUCCUUUUUACCCAGUACAUACUGUGAGUCUUCCUCCUUCUCCACCCAACUCACAACCAGGAAGCCCAGAAAACCAUCCAGAAGCCUUCAACACCAUUUCACCACCACCACCAUAUGAAGCGUCAUUGGGACUGAAACUGGUACAGCAACCACAGAUGCACACUCUCAACAAUACCAUCAAUGGGCUUCGGCCCAUGACCCCAGGUGUUAUGCAACCACUAAAAUAUAACCGACGCAACAACCCAGAGCUGGAGAAAAGAAGAAUUCAUCACUGUGAUUACCCAGGAUGUACCAAAGUUUACACAAAGAGCUCGCACCUUAAAGCACACCAGAGGACCCACACAGGUGAAAAGCCAUACAAGUGUACAUGGGAAGGUUGUGACUGGCGCUUCGCACGAUCUGAUGAACUCACGCGACACUACCGGAAGCACACAGGGGCAAAACCCUUUAAGUGUGUGGCUUGUGGGCGCUGCUUUUCCCGCUCUGACCAUCUAGCACUCCACAUGAAGAGGCAUCAGAACUAAUGACAGAAUCUUGCAUCAACCUGUCUAACCGAUUUUGCUGUAUAUAAGAACAAAGUGUACUGCCAUUGAUAAUGACAUCUGAAAACAUAUCUGCAAAUUAGUUUUCAAUGGACAAGUUUUGCAUCUGCUUGUCAAGACGUCUUCGGCAUGUGAUGUGAUGCAUGAGUGCAUGAGAAAUGUGAUAAACAGCGAGAGUUCAAUGCAAAACUGAUGAGCUGAAUGCAGAAAAUUAUUUAUUUUGACACGCUUGGAUUUUUUUUCUGUUUUCUUGUUGUCUUAUGUUAAUUUAAGUAAGGACACAAUUCCAUAAGGAAUGUGACUUGAAAAUAGCUGUAACCUGCUUACAGCUACCACUAGCUUAACUUUUGAGUAUUUUUUUCUGAUAGCAUUUCAUGGAACCCAGCUAACAGCAGCUCUUUUCAAAACACUAACUCAGAAGAGUUAAGCUGCAGCCUCCAUGUUGAUACGAAUCACAUGUUCUUCCAAUAUUAGAGUUGGGGAUACGAUUUUAUGGCUUAACACCUUUACAGACUGCUUAUUACUGAUUUAAACUCUUGUCACAGGAUUGGUUGCUUUUUUUUUCUGAAUAGGUACGAACACAGCUUGCAGACAUUUUUUUAACCAGUGGAUUAGGAGAAUUGAGCCUUGUCAGUGCUAUGCAUAAAGACAACAGCUUUGUAUACUAAAUGGAGUGUACUAGUUCCAUAGCUUUCCAUAACAUAAAUAAACUAUCUCUGUUACCAAACUCAAAUUACAUCAUGCGGAAGUAUUAAUUUACUUAAAGUGAAAUAUUACUUCUGACUGGCCUUGAACUAUAGUCCAAGUGAACCUGCAAAGAUAACAAGAUAAAGAACAUGAAAAUGGGUCUAAUCUCUGAAGACUGUUGGACAAAGCAAAGCAAAUAUGCCUGUUUGAUAAGUAAAAUGUACAUGAAUGUUGUGAAAUGAUAAUUCUUAGAAUAUAUUGUUUUAUGUUCAAAGUGGAAAAUAUUCCUUCAGUUUGAUUUACAGGUAAAAUUGUUCUUUUAGUUUUCUAGAUAAGUGUUACUCUACACCUGUUUCCCUAGCCUUUCUAUGAUGUGCCAGAAAUACUGGUCCAUGCAGACAGUUUAAAGUUUCUAUACAAGGCAACUAGCUGGAGGACAUUUAUGCUGUCUUUGUGCCAGGGUGGUGUCAUUUAUAACCUGGAACAUUAUGUUCUUCUCUCAACAAUGCAUUUGCUCUUUUGUUUUUUUCCUUACAAGUUUUCUUUCUUUCUCUCUUUCUCUCUUUUCUUAAUUCAUAAUAACACUUUCUGUUAUCAAGGUGCUUAAUUUACAAUCUGGUAACAAUUGUACUAUUUUAAUCAGGUCGGUUUGCAAAAUGAGUUAAAUGCUUGGGCUAAUGGAAGGUCCAAUAACCCCACCUUUGUUUACUAUAAUUAGCAAUAACGAGUUGCAAUUAUGGGUUCCCAAAUGUCAUCUUUAAUUAAGAUCUCCAUGUAACACUGAGAAUAGAAACCUUACUAACACAGAUUACUUAAUACUGCAUUUGCUAUGAUGAAGUUACUGUUACAAGUGUGACAGAAUCAGGAAAACAUUUAUUAUAUUCAGUAAACAAAGCAAACUAAGUGUAAUAGGUUAGUAAAGAGAUGGGAACAAUAUACCCAGAACAGUUCUAAGACUGAUGUUCCAUUAUAUCUAGAUGGGAAUGAUACACCCUGAGCAGUUCUAAGACUGAUGUUAUGUUACAUCUGGUUAGGAAUCACAGACCCAGAGGUUGUAAGAUGUAUUUUCCAUUAUAUGUAGAUGGGAAUGACAAGCUCAGAGCAGUUCUAAGAUUGAUUUUCCAUUAUAUCUAGAUAAGAAUGACAGACCUGGAGCAGUUCUAAGACCAAUGUUUUAUUAUAUCUAGACUGGAAUGACAGACUCAGUUUCAAGACUAAUGUUCCACUUUAUUUAUAGGGAAAUGAGAAACCCAGAACAGUUUUAAGACUGAUGUUCUAUUAUAUCUAGAGAGAACAACAGACCCAGAACAGUUCUAUGACUGAUGUUCCAUUAUAUCUAGAUGAGAAUGACAGACCCAGGCAGUUUUAAGAUAACUGUUCAAUUAUAUCUUGAUGAGAAUGACAGAUCCAGAGUAGUUCUAAGACAGAGGUUUCAUUAUAUCUAGAUGGCAACAACAGACCUAGAAUAGUUCUAAGACUGAUAUUCCAUUGUAUCUAGAUAGGAAUGGCAGGUCCAGAGCAGUUUUAAGACAGAUGUUCCAUUACAUGUAGAUGGUAACAACAGACCCAGACCAGUUCUAAGACUGAUAUUCCAUUAUACCUUAGUGGAAAUGAAAGACCCAGAGCAGUUUUAAGACAGAUGUUCCAUUACAUGUAGAUGGUAACAACAGACCCAGACCAGUUCUAAGACUGAUAUUCCAUUAUACCUUAGUGGAAAUGAGAGACCCAGAGCAGUUUUAAGACAGAUGUUCCAUUACAUGUAGAUGGUAACAACAGACCCAGACCAGUUCUAAGACUGAUAUUCCAUUAUACCUUAGUGGAAAUGAGAGACCCAGAGCAGUUUUAAGACUGAUGUUCUAUUAUAUCUAGAAGGAACAACAGACCCACAGCAGUUCUAAAUAUCUAGAUGGCAAUGACAGACCUAGAGCAGUUCUAAGGCUGAUAUUCAGUUCUACCUAGUUUAGUUACACUUGAACUGCCGCUGCUUUCAUUGAGUAAUACAUCCUGUAGAGGACAAGCUAUCUUUACAAACAUGUGCUGUAAUUUAAGCAAAUGAUAUUGUGUUAGUAAGUGAUGUGAAGUGUCAUCUUCUUCUGCUAUUAUCGGUUUAGCUGAUGCUUUAUUCUUUUGUGAUUAUGUAGUUAGUGUGAGUCUUCUGAACUGGCAUUAUAUUUGGAAAUAUUAUUAUCAACUUUAAUCAAGAACUCAUAUAAGAAGUAUUAUAAUCUGACUAGGACUGACUCAGAGAAACAGAAACAAAGAAACAGUGCUCUAAUUCUGGCAAGGAUUAUCCCAUCCUUGUAUGAACAGCACAUCACCAUGUGGUUAUAGACUAAUUUAGUAACACUCUUUGUAUGUAUAGGAUCUGUCCAAUAUUAAAGGUGCUUUUUCUGCAGUGUUAUAGCAUUUCUGCAUUGUUUUUGUUUUUUUUUUAAAGUUUUUUUUUCUGUUGUAUAGCAUUUGGCAUG